AUCUUCCUUCCCUCGGUCAGUAGGUGCACACCGACCAUCGCUUCAGUCUUCAGUUCACUACGUCUAAUGGAAUUUACAAAUUGUUUUGCUAAAUGGUGAUUUGAGAGAAUGUGAUGGUCUGCUUACACGAAGUAUAUCUCGUAUAACUUAAAGGAUAUUUGAUUCGCCAUGUUCGACAAAAACGGAGGGUUGCUGGGGGCGAUAGCUUGUGCUUCCGUAGGCCUACUGAUAGGAGGCCUAAUCGGGCACUUCGGCACCACCUCCGUCACCGAAGAGGAUCGAGAGAGAAUCACGACUUACCAGAAACUCAUCGAAGACAAGUGGGCGUCGGAGACAGAUGUGACGCAAAUGAUCUUGGACCUCAUCAGCACGACCAACUUGAGGAAUAACUUGAAGGAGCUGAGCAGAAAGCCCCAUCUAGCAGGCACCGCCAGAGACGACGAACUGGCGAUGCUGAUUCAUCAGAGGUUCAUGGAAGCCGGGUUCGACACAGCUGAGCUUGUUCCAUAUGAAGUGCUUCUGAGCUACCCGAAUCACACCAAUCCAAACCUGAUCACAAUCAUGGACAGCUCCCAGAAGGUGGUGUUCACGAGCAAAUUCAAAGAAGAAGCGUUGCACGAGGACGACGAGGACCCGGAAUUCGUCCACGCCUUCAAUGGCUACAGCGCGGCAGGUGACGUCACGACGCAGCCUGGAGUCGGCGUCAUUUACGUGAACUACGGUCGAGUGGAAGACUUCGAGAAACUGGAGGAACUUGGGAUUGACGUCGCAGGUCACGUGGUCAUGGCGCGCUAUGGGAAGAUCUUCAGAGGAAACAAGCUGUUGCACGCGGAACAGCGGAACGCCUCAGGUGUCAUCCUCUUCUCGGAUCCGAAGGACGUGGCCCUGAACGGAACGGACCCCAAGGACGUGUAUCCGAAUUCCUUCUGGCUUCCUGGCUCUGGGAUGCAGAGAGGGGGGACCUACACCAUCAAGGGGGAUCCACUCACCCCUGGAUGGCCUUCUACGAAGCACGCAUACAGGCUGGACGAAAGUGAGGUGCCUCUGCCCAAGAUUCCCUGUCAGCCCAUUGGGUACGACGAUGCUAGAGUGAUUAUGGAAAAAAUGGGCGGGAAAGUGCCGCCUGCAGACUGGGUAGGUGGAAUGAAAGGCAUCAAAUACAACCUCGGGCCGGAGAUGCUGAACGAAUACAAAGAUUACACACUGCGUCUACAGACAAACAACUUCCUACGCAGUGUGAACUCUUACAACGUUAUUGGAACCAUCAAAGGAAGCACGGAACCUGAUCGAUACGUUCUGAUCGGAAACCACCGAGAUGCCUGGGGCUAUGGGGCCGUAGAUCCUUCUUCUGGCACUGCGCAGCUUCUGGAGACAGGCAGGGUGUUUGGUCAACUCCUGAAGAAAGGAUGGAGACCACGGAGGACCUUGGUUUUCUGUAGCUGGGGGGCAGAGGAAUACGGUCUUAUAGGCUCCACCGAGUGGGUUGAGGAACACCUGGAGAAGCUCCAGGAGCGAGCAGUCCUGUACCUGAACACUGACUCCUGUGCUGCAGGUUCUAUUCUUACCCCUUCAUCGAGUCCUCUCAUCUGGGACCCGCUGGUGAAGCUUACGAAAAUGGUUCCUGGUGUACGGGAAGGCAAAACACUCUACGAUGAGUGGGAGGCCUACCAUCUUGCGAGAAACAGGUCCUCACCUGAGUUAAAGACCUUGGGAUCUGGUAGUGAUCACGCACCCUUUGCCUUCUAUGGAGGGAUACCCAGCUUGAAUGUAGUGUUUAGAAUGGAUUCGAACAAGCACGGCAUAUACACUCACCCAACCUACCACACGGGCUUCGAGACUUUCUACUUGGUAGAUACAUUUGUUGAUCCAGGCUUUAAGAUAAUGCAGGGAUGUGGUAGGUUGGCAGCCCUGUUCCUGAAAUACUUCGCUGAUUCUGCUCUUAUACCCUACAGUCUGCAACAGAUGUCAACAGUAAUAGAGGAAAGCCUCAAUAAAGUUAAGGACAAGGGCAAAGGUGCCACGUUGCUGGAAAUUUAUGACAAAUUCCCUCUACUGGAAGAAUCUGCUCACAAUUUCACGGCUGCAACGGCCAUCUUUGCUCAAAAGUUGGACUCUGUGAAGGACACCUUAGAUCCAGUUAUGCUGCGUGCAAUUAAUGACCAAAUGAUGAAAUUGGAGCAAGUGUUCAUUAUGCCAACAGGCCUACCAGGACGCCCAACAAUUAGACAUGCAAUAUUUGCACCAAGCCAGUUCGACAACUAUGCUGCAGCAGGGUUUCCUGGCAUCUCUGACCUUCUCUAUAGAAUAGACGAUUUGCAAGGAGAGGAGCUAAGCAAAAGGCAUAAAGAGAUUCGCAGACAUAUUUCAGAUCUAACUAUUCUGCUUCAGAAAGCAUCUGGUCUUCUGGAGGAUUUUAAUAUAAUCUAAGAUGUAAUCUUAGAUUCAAAGUUGUAUAGCAAGCACACUAAACUUAUAGAGUUAUUGUUUAGCAAGCAUGCUAAACUUGGCUGAAACAAUAAUUUCUGUGUUGAGGUCUUUUAGAGAAAAAUGUUGUUUUAAAUGUUGAAUAGGUUUUGUACCCAUGUAUGAAUUUUAUAACAUUCUUAAGUAAUAUAUGAACAAUAAAGAUGGAAAGAAUUUAA